UUUAAUACCAGUGAGUAGAAUCGAUUGUAGAGGAAUCGAGCAACGCCGUUUUAGUGAGUCCUUGUAAAGUGUGGACAUGUCUUUGAAUCGGCUAUUACUACGAACGGCAACAGUCAGUAGGACUGUUACCAGAUCUGCCUUCACUGCCUCUAAGCGGGACACAGCAAAUCCCAACUGGUUUCGAGUGGGGCUUGCAUUUGCAACCUCUGGAGUCCUCUGGGCCAUGCUUUUGAGACAGCACAGUGUGGAUGUGCGGGAGCACAAAGCUUACCAUGGAAUAGAAUGAUUUGUCCUGUAAAUCACAUGCUAUGGGAACACCUGGUUGAUCAAAAUGUUCCAUGUUUUUGGUGGACUCCUGAGUGGACCUUUCCCUUAACUGUGUAUUGUGAUGAUGUGAAAAUAUGAAUGACUGUAAAUCAAAUUGUGUAAUAAAGACAUAUACGUAUUAA